UGAACCUGCUGGUGGGAGCUUGGAUGCGUCUGCUCCCUGCUGAUUGGCGCCUUCUAGGCUGUCUAGGUCUCAGGGACAGCUUCUCCAGCAUAAAAGGGGUCGCCUAGAGCUAGCCUCUUCUGCACAGGUGGCCAGAGAGGACUCAACUCCGGCUCCUAGCCUAGAGGACUGAGAAGCAUGACUGGACGGGAUGGGCUUUCGGAUGCGCGCUCCAGGAGUAGAGCCCUGGCGCCAGGCUGUCCUCCCACCGGCUCUCGCCUUCGAAGCUUUGCCAUCAAUGACCUGCUGGGAUUGGAGGCAGACCUGCCAACUCCGGCGGAGCCUGGGCUAAGAUCCAACAGCGGAGAUCCAGCGGAGGCAAUAGGGUCGGGACCGGGACCGGGGCCAGGACUCUGCGGCUCCUGCCCUGCUCGCGGGGCUCUCCCGCUGGGCCUGGGGCUCCUCUGCGGCUUCGGGGCGCAGCCCCCUUCCGCUGCCGCCGCCGCUCGUGCGCGCUGCCUGCUCCUCGCCGACCUGCGGCUUCUGCCAUCUGCAGGACCCGAGCCUGCUGUCGCCCAGGGCCCGGUCCACCCGCCGCCUGCGCUCGGCAGCCAGCAGCGCAGCGAGAGCGUCUCCACGUCGGAUGGGGACAGUCCAUCUGAAGAAAAGAAUGACCCGAAGAUGUCCCUUAUCCUGGGCAAAAGGAAGAAGCGGAGGCACAGGACGGUUUUCACUGCCCAUCAACUCGAAGAACUGGAGAAGGCCUUUGGUGAGGCCCACUACCCUGACGUGUACGCUCGGGAAAUGCUGGCUGCGAAAACAGAGCUCCCGGAAGACCGAAUACAGGUCUGGUUCCAGAACCGGAGGGCCAAGUGGCGUAAGCGAGAGAAGCGCUGGGGUGGCAGCAGUGUGAUGGCUGAGUACGGGCUCUACGGAGCCAUGGUGCGCCACUGCAUUCCACUGCCGGACAGCGUGCUCAACUCUGCAGAUAGCCUGCAGGGCUCCUGUGCACCCUGGCUUCUGGGGAUGCAUAAAAAGUCCACAGGGAUGAGAAAACCAGAAAGUGAAGACAAGUUGGCAGGACUCUGGGAGUUUGACCAUCUCAAAAAGGGUGCUAAUAAGGAUGAGGAUGGACCUGAGAGGGGGCCAGACGAAACAACCCAGAACCCUGAGAAUAGCUUGGAGGAUGUGGCCAUUGACCUGUCCAGCUCUUCCAGGCAGGAGACUAAGAAAAUGCCCCCAGGGUCCAGUACUCAGCUGCCCCAGCCCCCACAGGUGGGAGCCUCAUGAGACUGACAGAUUGCGUCCCCCAAAGCUGGACAAACACCUUCAGUUUGAUUUUCUCUCUGAAAUGUCUGGAUAAAAAGCAACACUACAACACUGAAUAAACAAUGACGUAGGGAAAGUUCCCUUUAGUUCUAGAGUGGGGAACAUUCAUACCACCUCUCAAGCCAGUCAGUUUGGUCUAAAAUCUUGUUUUUCCUUAGUGGAAUCUGAACAUGGAAGGUUUGAAGUUCAAAGAAAAUUUUAGGGAUGGGGUAUGACGUCGCUUAGUUAAUAGUACACAAGAAGGCCUGGAUUCAAUACCCGGCACCACUCAAACCAGAUACAGUAGCACGCACCUGCAAUCCCAGCACUCAGGGGGCGGAGACAAGAGAUCAGAUGUUCAAGAGCAUCCCAGAGAGAGAGAGAGAGAGAGAGAGAGAGAGAGAGAUUAUUACUCCCUAGCAUUAUUUAAGAUGUGGUUCAGUCAUUAAAGAGGGCUGGUCUGACCUCCUCACUCUAAGUUAGAAUAUUUGGUUUGGUUUUGGUUGAAAUGGGUUCUUGCUGUGCAGCCCAGGCUCGCUUCAUUUUCAUGAUCUCCUGCCUCAGUCUCUCUAGUGCUGGGUUACAAGUGUGAAUAUAAUUGUUAUACCAUCUCUAGGCUUCAGAGGAGUGAAUGAAUGAAUGAAUGAAUGACUGCUAUAUUACCAUUCCUUGAGCUGGGUCUAGGACAUCUCUGUCUUUGUGAUAGGUGAUAAUUUUGUGUUCUCAGUCACUUGAUGGGCCUUGAAUAUUCGAGGUAUAAACAACAAAGAAAGCCACAAGCCCCUCCUUCUCUGAAGUCACCUGGAGCCAUGUUUAAGCAAUUGUUAAAUAUCUGGAGACUGUCUGAAGGUCAGACCCAACUUCUUGGUCUUUUUGAAUUUAUGUUUGAAAGCACUUUAGUAACUUGGAUUCAUGAAUGUUGUCUUCCCUGUAUUUCUUUUGCCAUUUAUUUGUUAUUUAAAAAUAAAUGUGUCGUGUGUCUGGCUCAAAGCUACUUCCUGGCCCCUCAGUAGGCUCUCCCCUUAUGCCCCGUUUUAGUCUGGAAACAUGCCGAGCAAGCUGUCUUUCAGCCCGCAGAACUUAGCACAGGGUCUGUGUCAUGUACUGUGUGGCAGUAGCCCUGGCUUUUGGAGUUCAGAGGCUGAAGAAGGGUUGUCUGUUUUGGGCAGCUUCCUCUGCAGAUUAUCUCAGGAACCCAUCAAGUUAGGCUGUCCCCACCUUCACCCUAGUCUCUUUAGAUAAGAAAACGGGCAGUCUCUUCCUUUAGUCUAGGUUUGUCCUAUGUUAGUUCCAUAGUGUUACACUCUAUAUCAAUGAAGUAUUAACCCUGUGAGAUGAUGGUGAAAUGUUGCUAGGUGAGAAGCCCUUAGAGGGGGAAAGAGAUAAGAGGAAAUAAAGAUGUUUAAAGUACACUGAAAAUAAAAUAAAUAAUAUUCGACAACUGGUUCGAAAUAAACAUGUGAACAAUGGGCAAAAGUCUCUGAAACAUUCUAAGGAAAACAGAGAUAACAAAAAUGGUGUGGGGCAUAUGUAACAGAUGUGCAGCUGGGUCUUCACGUGGGACUCCUAAAGCAGGAGCAGGGGCCGUCUCUGACCUCAUUGCCGUCCUUUGGAUUCCCCCUCCCCUAACUGCACCUCAGCUCACUGCAGCUCAGCGUGCCAAGCCUGGCUGAUAUCCAUGUGAGGUGUCCCCUCUUCUGAGAAGAAGGGGAAGGGGCUGGGGGUGGGGAGGGGAGAGGAAAGGGAGGAACUGGGGGGGGGGAGAGAAGCUCUCGAUCAGGAUGUAAAGUAAAUUAAUAAGUAAUGGGAAAAUGGUGUGAGAAAAGAGGAAAGCUAUAUAUUUGUGUGUGUGUAUAUAUAUAUAUGUAUAUAUAUUUUUCUUUUUUUCCCUUGACUUUUGCUAUGUUACCCAACCAGCGAUCCCUCUGCCCCAACCUCCACAGUAGCUGGACCACAGUUUUGUGCCACUGUGAUCCCGCAGCUAAAACUGUGUUAAAUAUGUAAGAAAAGCACUAUAGCUCAGUGUGCUGGUAUUUGGGAGGCUGGGCCAGAGGACCUCAAGUUCCAGGUUAGCCUUUGCUACAGAGUGAGAUUUUUUUUUCCUCCCAAGACAGGACCUCACUAUAGAGCUCCGGUUGUCUUAGAACUCACUGUGUACCAGGCUGGCCUCUGCUUGGCCUUUGCUUCUUAAGUGCUGCGAUCAAAGGCCUGGCCAUGAGAUCUUGUUUUUUAAAAAAAAAAAAAAAACAAAUAAAAUAAAAAUCACUAUUCACAACUAAAA